AUGAACCAACUUGGAGGCGGCCUUCAAAACUUGCUUAAGGAAGGUGCACGACACUAUUCUGGUCUGGAAGAAGCGAUCCUCAAAAACAUCGACGCAUGCAAACAACUGACCGCGAUCACUCGAACAUCUCUUGGCCCAUUAGGGAUGAAUAAAAUGGUCGUGAACAAUCUUGAGAAGCUUUUUGUAACAACGGAUGCAGCAACCAUCAUGAAAGAGCUCGACGUGCAUCAUCCAGCAGCCAGAUUGAUCGCCUUAGCCUCAAAGUUCCAAGAAACAGAGUCUGGCGAUGGGACCAACUUUGUCGUCAUUUUAGCUGGAGAGCUCCUAAAGCUGGCUGAAGAACUCAUACAGACUGGACUUCACCCAAGUGAAAUUGUGAAUGGCUACGAAAGAGCUUCGGCUAAGGCUGAUGAAAUUAUACCUCAGCUUGUAGCUUACACAGUCACUGAUUUCAGAAACAAAGAACAGAUUGAGAAGUGCCUUAGACCUGUUAUUGCAAGCAAAAUAUAUGGCUAUGAAAACCACCUAGCAGCUUGUGCAGCAGAAGCAGGGCUGAUUGUGACUGAAGGUGAUAUUAAGUUUGAGAUGGACAAUGUAAGGAUAUUGAAAUUACAAGGAGGAAACCUAGGACAAACUGAAGUCGUUCGAGGAUUGAUCCUUAGUAGAGCGCCAGAAGGGUCAGUUAAACAUGUAAAAGACGCAAAAAUCGCUGUCUAUAACUGUCCUUUAGACCCACAAAGUUCAGACACAAAAGGCACUGUAUUGCUAACCAAUGCUGAAGAACUCAAAAAUUAUACCCAAAGUGAAGAAGAUAUGGCCAAAAAGCUAGUCCAAGAAAUCGUAGACGCAGGCGUCAAAGUUGUGGUGGCAGGAGGCUCCAUUGCAGAAAUCGUCAUGCAUUUCUUAGAAUUAAACAACAUCAUGGUCGUAAAAGUCCCUUCGAAAUUUGAAGUCAGAAGGUUCUGCAAGAUGCUAGGAGCUACAAUGGUGGUUAGACUUGGAGCCCCAACCCCUGAAGAAUUAGGAUAUGCUGACUCUGUUUCUCUAGAAGAAAUCAGCAGUAAUAAAGUUACUGUUUUUAAGAGAGAAAAUGAAAGAACACAAAUUGCGACUGUUGUAGUUAGAGCGAGCACGAAAAAUGUAAUGGAUGACGCUGAAAGAGCUUUGGAUGAUGCUUUUAAUACCUUUAGAAUGCUUACUUUCCUUGAUAGGAUUUUUUUAACUUAUCAGCUAUUAAUACAAUCAGCCAUUUUGAUUAUAAAUAUAGAGCAUUCACUAUUAUUUAUGAAAAAAGAGUUAGAAAAGAUCCAAGAUUCGUAGUUGGAGGAGGCGCUUGUGAAGCUGAAAUCGCCAAAAGAAUCAAAGACUUCGCAGCAACCCAGCCUGGCCUCGACCAAUAUGCCAUUAUGAGAUACGCUCAAGCUUUCGAAAUUAUCCCUAAGACUUUAGCAGAGACUGCAGGACUUGACUCCAAUGAAUUCCUCGCUAAAAUUUACGCUGAAAAUAACCCUCAUGCUGGCAUUGAUAUUGAAGAAGGAAGCGUCAAAGAUGUAAGUGACUUUAUUGUUGACCACAUGGAAACCAAGAGAUGGGCAAUCAAACUUGCCAGUGACGCUGCAUUGACUGUAUUAAGAGUUGACCAAAUCAUUAUGGCUAAACCUGCUGGAGGACCAAAACCAGGAGCAAGACCACCUGAGGAAGACGAUUAA